CCCGACUAUCGCCGGGCAGACUCUUGCAUCAGUGAUGUUGGUGAGAGCAAAGAGUUCUCCAGCUGCAUGUGAGAGACGCGCCUGCCAUCUGAGCAGAAGCAUGCACUCGAAGUCUGCUCCUCACUUCAUUCCUCGAGUGUUCUUACUCCUCUGCUCACUCACACUCAGCCACUUCGCAGACACCGGAGGACAUCAAACAUCCACCCCAGGUCUUCUUCCUCUCCAGUUGGCGUCAAUAUUAGAGCCCUUGUCAAGAUGGCAAACUCCAAAAGACUCAAAGUGCAUCAUGAAGAAGACGGCCCUGUUCUUCACUAUCACUUCCACGGUCCUAUCGAUACGCUGAUCACUGUCACCAAGAGCACGGGUGUUACGGUUUCUCUCCCUGCAUUCAACAACAAAGACCCGAGUAUUGGAGUCGACGGAUUCCUCGACCCCGUUGAUAUCACCCAGAAAGGCCAUAGUCAGGAUGACGAAGACGCUGACGGUAGGCACAAUAUCGAUCUGUUGCUCUCGAAGGCUAGACCAAGUCUGCGUCCAGACGAGGAGACCACUGAGGAUCCUCAGCGUACAACAGCAGCCCCUGAAGCAUUCAUGAACGUCCAACAAGAGCAGGAGGAGAGUCAGACUGGUUGGAACAUUGUUGCAGAAGCGACGGACGGUGAAAACAAGUCACCAAACCGGCACGACAAUCCGAUUAUUUGCACAAUCCCUCGAGGCGAAAGUACCCAUCUCAUUCGAUCGGAGGACGUGCUUCCAACCAUCGAGCUUGGAACAGAUGAAUAUCUUGCUAAGAUUGGAAAUCUGAAACAUGUUCUGAUGAGGGACGCCAAUACCAAAACCGGGUUCCGAUUGUACGAUGGGUCUCCAGUACUCCAGCCCAGCAACCUAGACGCCUUCUACCCUGAAAAUGGGUACAGUUCAAGACUCCUUGCAGCAAUCCUGGGAGCCCUACCGAGGUCCGACAAGAUGUUCGUCGUCGGCGGCUACGAUAAGAUGUGGAAUGUGUUGUCAAAUGAUAUCGGACGCAUUUGGUCGCUGUCGAAGCGGCGUGGUCAUUUUAUUGCGAUUUGCAUGACGCUCGAUGAUCGUAGGCCACAUAGAAAGAAGCUCAGGCUUUCGCUUUACGAUCCACAGCAGGUCACCAACGACGCUCACAGGGCGUUUGCAACGUGCCGAGCCAUGGAUAAAUUGGACAGCCAUGCGCGAAAAGCUGGUAUUACCCGCUGGCAAGGCAUCAGACACAUUGGCAAAGUUCAUCUAGCUAUCUGCUCUGAGGUGGAGGACGGCAACUGCUGUGGCCCACGAGUUCUGGAAUACGCUCUCCAAUCUAAUCCGUGUGAGGAGCCUGCGCCACUGAUUCCCGGCAUGCCGCUUUCCACCAGCACACUACGGAAAGGACAUUUUGCAUUGCUGCACGACAUCUUGGAGGGUCGCAUCCCCGAGCUUGAACUGUGAUGUGUAGAGAAGACGGUAUUUGACCAAGUCGAUGUUCGUUAUUGACCAAGAGUCCUGUUAUGUCAUACCGCGGUGUUGAUAUCUUUACAUGGAGCAUGCGUGCAGUAUUCUGAGGAAGCACAGCUAUGUCGAUCCUCAGUAUGCCAGGGUUCACGCAAUGGUGAUGGGAAAAGAGGGUCUAGACUGAGCCUGUCUAGCCUCCGAAAACCGAG